AUGUCCACGCCCGAUUCCUCCAUCCCUAAAGCCGGCGCGCCCGCCCCCCAGGAGGCGCGCUGCAAGCGGAGAGCGCCUCGCCGGGACCACGCGCCGCCUGGCGGCUCGGGCGGACAGCGGGCCGGCGCUGGCGAGGGCUCCCCGCGCUUGGGGGGGCCCAGGCCCAGAGCAAUGCUCGCUUUAUGGGAAAAUCUGGGCGGGUGGCUCUUCGCUGGAUCGGGGCCCCCUGCGUUGGCUCGCGGCGGGCGCAGCGGGAGCGGGGGCGACGAGGAGCGGCUCGCUGCGAAGGCAGGGGCGGGCUUCCUGAGGGGGUUCGGGGGCUUCCAGUAA